GCCUGGACCGAGUCCAUGUGCACCAACCAGACCCGGCUCACGGGCAAAACCACAAAGCCCGUCUCCCCCUCCCCUUCUCCUCUCGCUUCCACCGUACUGCCAGUCUGCCAGCCUGACACACACAGCCAGCGUCACCGGCUCGGCUCCUCCAGAGGCAAAAUGCCCCUCCCGCUCCGCCGCCUCGCCGGCGCCGUCGCGGGGCCCCUCCUCCGCCGCUCCCUCUGCACGGCGGCCCCGCGCCCUCCCUGGGCCAUGGUGAGCAGCCAGGCGGCGCUGGACGCGUCAGGGCCGCCGUCGCGGGGCGCGCGCACGGUCGUCGACCUCGACACGACGCCGUGCGUCUCCCACCUCUCCGUCCCCGCCCGCCUCGUCGACCCCCACGGCGACGGCAUGGGCUUCCUCGUGGGCAUCGUCCGCGGCGCGAGCCGCGACGGCCUCCUCCUCCUCGACUUCGUCGACGCCCGCCACCGCCCCAUGUCGCUACACGAGCUCGCCGCGGCCCGCGACGGCGUGGAACCGGACUCCAAACUCUUCGUCUGCAACCCUAUCAGCGGCCAGCUGGUCCGCCUCCCGUCCCCCGGCAUGGAUGUGCCCAAGAUGGGCACCUCUUUCGGCCUGCUCACCCAAUCCCGGGGCUCCGACGGCCCGCCUGACAGGUACGCGGUGGCUCAGCUCAGCAAAAGCAGUCGCGGGGGAGGGGAUUGCCGCAGGGUCGUUCGCCGGUUCCUGUCGGAGACAGGGGAGUGGGACGAGCGGCCGCUGGUCGGGGCGUUCGAGAUGGAUCCUGGGCGGCGCAUGCUGAUCAACCAUGAGGUGCUGGCGUUCGGUGACCGGCUGUGGUGGGUGGACGUGGCCUGGGGCGCGCUCUCCGUCGACCCCUUCAGCGACCGGCCGGUGCGUCGCUUGGCCGAGCUGCCGAGCUGGAGCGUGCUGCCUGCCUCUGAUUCCCCGACGCUGAGCAAGUACCGGCGCAUGGGGGUCAGCGAUGGGAAGCUGCGCUACGUCCAAGUGUCCAACAGAGACGACAUGUCGAGCAUGGUCGCUUCGUUUUCGCUGGAUGACGAGACCUACACCUGGGCGCAGGAUCACAUAAUUAAAAUUACAGUUCGGCGCGACCGUUGCCUGGUCGAAAUUGCUGCCAUAGAUCCAUUCCAAGCCAACCUUGUCUACAUCCAACAUGGUGGCACUGUUAUUGCCAUGGACCUGGCUAAGAGGAAGGAGAUUUGGAGGAGUUCCCUUCCAAACGAAAUCUUCUUUGAAAAGCUGCUCCGAUCUAGUUCUCUUGUUCCGUGCGUGCUCCCAACAUGGCUUGCCACAAGCCAUAUCCCCCCUUCUCCAGGAACCCUUUCAAGCAACAAGGCCGAUUGCAAAAGGAAGACUUUGGCAGACAUGCUGGUUCGUGUAGACAAAUGCUAGAGUGCUAGACAAACGGAAACGUGACAGUUAACUUAUCUCCGACUCCUUAAAUUUGACCAACAACAGGGUUGAAGGUGGCACCUGUGAGACAAGAGCUCUUAUUUAGGGAAAUUAUGUGACCAUUCUGGGCUUGUUCUUUUGGCUGAUGCAAUUCUGUUUGAAAGGACAUAUGUUCUUACAUAUUUCGGAGAAUCUUAGUUGCACACCUAUCAGAAAUUCAACGCUACUUGUGAGCUGCGAGAGAUCAUGCUUAUGUUCUCUGUAAUAUGUUAAUGAUUUCAAGUGUUUAGUUCUGACAUGUUUUGCUUUGUGUUCAUCAAAUCAGGGACAUGCUUGAUUGGAUAUUUGCAUGCUGCUGAUGAUAAAUGUAUCAACUCUCUUUA